AUGUCGACCAAGACCAAGAAGCCUGCGGGCAAGACCCAACGUUCCGCCAUCUCCGAUGUCGUUGCUCGCGAGUACACCAUCCACCUGCACAAGAGACUUCAUGGUGUUACCUUCAAGAAGCGUGCCCCGAGAGCUAUCAAGGAGAUCAAGGCGUUCGCAACAAAGUCAAUGGGCACAUCCGACGUUCGUCUCGACCCCCAACUGAACAAGAAGGUUUGGGAGGCUGGCAUCAAGGGUGUCCCUUUCAGAAUCCGCGUCCGCAUCUCGAGAAAGCGUAACGACGAGGAGGGCGCGAAGGAGAAGUUGUACAGCUACGUCCAGGCCGUCAACGUGAAGAAUGCGAAGGGGUUGCAGACGGUUCUUGUCGAGGAUGCUUAG